UUGUUCGUGGAAACUAGAGAAACAAUGGCAUCCAACACCAUCUUCGUCCUGUGCACACAAGCGCUCAUGAUCCAGUGCCUGUUUGGUCAACUAAACUACGCUGGAGCCAAUCCUGCAGCUUAUUCGUCGGGUGUCAGCAGUAAUGUAGUGACUGAGAGCACAGUCACGGUCAGCAGUACUGCCGCAGGUGUGGGCAAAGCUGGGCCUGGUUUAACUGGUGUCGGAUGGAACCACGCAGCCCCACUCAGCACUGGAGUGGCUGGCAUUGGUCUGAACAAUGUUGUCCCACUCAGAACUGGACUGGCCGGUGUUGGAUUGAACAACGCUGGGUUACUUAACUCUGGUGUUGCUUUAGGAAACACUGCUUUGAUUGGCAAUACUAUAGCCCCAGUCAUCAGCCCCGAAUACAUUACUCUCGCUUCAUUCUCUACCGGUGGCCUUUUCCCGGUCACCAGCUUCUCUUCCAUCGUUCCAACUGGAAUCACCGUUGUAUCUGAUAAUAUUAUUGAUGGAUCGAUAACAGUGUUUGGUCAACUACCUUUCUUAAGCGCUGUGGCUUUCGAAGGAGCAUUACCGUCUGAUGGUGCGUCAGCGGCUGGUUGCGGUUGUGGCAUUACUGGUAACAUUGGCAUUAUCAGUGAGAGUUAUUCACCUAUCGCUGGUCCCGGCGUCGCUGCGCCUGUUCCUGCUGGACUCGGUGUGGGAGCAGGUAUCGGACUCGCUACAGGUGUUGCAACACCAAGACUCGGUUUAGGACCUAGCCACGGAUUAGGUUUAAAUAACGGUCUAGGCGCUCGUCUUUAUUAAAAACAAAUUAAGAUCUGUCAAUAAAAUUUUUAUAUCA